CACUACAUUUUUCCAUUCAACAAGCAGUGUUUCCAAAACCUUCUCUAGCCAACAAAAGAGAUAAAAAAGAACAGAAAUAUUCUAGAAUUUUGUUCGAGAGCAAUGGAGUCAUUGAAGGUUAAGGUUUUCUUGGCUUUGGUUAUUGCCUUGGUGAUGGCAGCAACAAGUGUUUCAGCUGCUGAUGCUCCAGCCCCAAGUCCCACAUCGGACGCAUCAACCUUGCUUGUUCCAACUGCUUUAGCUUCUUUUGUUGCUCUUGCAUUUGGGUUACUCUUCUAGAAGCUUCUUGAGUGAGUUCCAUCUGUAAAGAGGUUGUUUGUGUUUUACACUCUCAUUCUACCUAGGUCCUUUUGUUUGCUUUUUUUUUCUCCAAAAUAUAAUUCAUAUUCUUAUUAUGUAACACAUUCAUUUCUCAUUGUACUCUUUUUUUUUUUAUGGGUUGUGACGUGUAAUAUUACUGUGAAUUUGUGAUUUAUAUGGAAUUUGGAUAUUUACUUAUUUAA